GGCAAGGCGGUGGGCAAGGCAGAGGGCGGGGCCUGGGCCAGGGGUUCUCGCGAGAUCUCCGCGUCGCGCGCGCUCGCACCUUCCCCGCGGCGCUCCAGUCUCCUCAGAGGUGGCGGCAUCGGGACUGCGGGGUCGAGGGGCGGGCUCGGCGGGCGGCGCUCGGGGCGCGAGGGCGGGCGGUGCGCGGUGGAUGGAGGCGCCUGCUCAGCCCGCCUGACUCAGAGGGGCCGGAUUGUGAGGGAAGCGGCGGCGGACUCCGCGGGCCCCAGCAUGGUUGACUAUAUUGUGGAGUAUGACUAUGAUGCUGUACAUGAUGAUGAAUUAACUAUUCGAGUUGGGGAAAUCAUCAGGAAUGUGAAAAAACUACAAGAAGAAGGAUGGCUGGAAGGGGAACUAAAUGGGAGAAGAGGAAUGUUCCCUGAUAAUUUUGUCAAGGAAAUUAAACGAGAAACAGACACUAAGGAUGACAAUUUGCCCAUCAAACGGGAAAGGCAUGGAAAUGUAGCAAGUCUUGUACAACGAAUAAGCACUUACGGCCUUCCAGCUGGAGGAAUUCAGCCUCAUCCACAAACCAAAAACAUUAAGAAGAAGACCAAGAAGCGUCAGUGUAAAGUUCUCUUUGAAUACAUUCCACAGAAUGAGGACGAGCUGGAGCUGAAGGUGGGAGAUAUCAUUGAUAUUAAUGAAGAGGUGGAAGAAGGCUGGUGGAGUGGAACCCUGAACCACAAGGUGGGAUUGUUUCCCUCAAACUUCGUGAAGGAGCUGGAGGGCACAGACGACGGUGAUUCUCUAGAAGCCCAGGAUGAGCCAGACUGUGUUCUGACUGCGCCAACCUCGCCUUUACCUUCACCGGGGAAUGGUGGUGAGACUGCACCAGGAACAGUCACUCAGCCAAAGAAAAUUCGAGGAAUUGGGUUUGGAGACAUUUUCAGAGAUGGGUCUUUGAAACUUAGGACAAGAACAUCCAGUAGUGAAACAGAAGAGAAAAAGCCAGAAAAGCCCUUAAUCAUGCAGUCUCUAGGACCCAAAACCCAGAACGUGGAGAUAAUAAAAACAGACACCGAAAGUAAAAUUAAAGCUAAGGAAUAUUGUAGAACAUUAUUUGCCUAUGAAGGUUCUAAUGAAGAUGAACUUACUUUUAAAGAAGGGGAGAUAAUUCGUUUGAUAAGUAAGGAGACUGGAGAGGCUGGCUGGUGGAAGGGUGAGCUGAAUGGGAAGGAAGGAGUGUUUCCAGACAACUUUGCCAUUCAGAUCGGUGACCUGGAUAAGGACUUUCCUAAACCAAAGAAACCACCACCUCCUACCAAAGGUCCAGCUCCAAAGCCUGACAUGUUAGCUGCAGAAAAGAAGCUUUUGCCUACAAAGCCUGAAGAAAAAGAUGAAAAGUCACUGCUGGAGCAGAAACCUAAACCAGCUGCUCCACAAGUCCCACCCAAGAAGCCUACUCCACCCACCAAAGCUAACAGUUUGUUGAGAUCUCCUGGAACAGUUUUCCCAAAGAGGCCUGAAAAACCAGUUCCUCCACCACCUCCUUCAGCCAAGAUUAAUGGAGAAAUUUCUACCAUUUCAUCAAAAUUUGAAACUGAGCCAGUAUCAAAACCAAAGCUAGAUUCUGAACAGUUGCCAGUUAGACCAAAAUCAGUAGACCUUGAUUCACUUAUAGCAAGAAGCUCUAAAGAAACAGAUGUUGUAAAUUUUGAUGACAUAGCCUCCUCAGAGAACUUGCUACAUCUCACUGCGAAUAGACCGAAGAUGCCUGGACGCAGGCUCCCGGGCCGCUUCAAUGGUGGACAUUCUCCAACUCACAGCCCAGAAAAAACCUUGAAGUUACCAAAAGAAGAUGAUAGUGCCAACCUAAAACCAUCUGAGUUCAAAAAGGACACGUGCUACUCUCCAAAGCCCUCUGUGCACCUUUCAACACCUUCAAGUGCUUCUCAAGCCAGUGCAGCUGGUUUCCUCACUCCAUUAGAAGUCAAAGCUAAAGUGGAAACAGAUGAUGGGAAAAAAAUUUCUGUGGAUGAACUUCGAGCUCAGAUUAUCGAAUUGAUGUGCAUUGUUGAAGCACUGAAAAAGGAUCAUGGGAAAGAACUGGAAAAACUGAGAAAAGAUUUGGAAGAAGAGAGGGCACUGAGAAGCAAUCUAGAGGUGGAAAUAGAGAAGCUAAAAAAAGCUGUCUUAUCUUCUUGAGGUGGCAUGGACCCAGUGUGUUAACGUUCCAAGGAUACAGAAGCAACACUAUGAACUCAACUGACUUGGACUUUAAAACAUCAGUGUUGGUGAUGUGAUACAGAAAUACGAGUAUAUGAACUAUAAUAUCUAUUGAAAAGUUGGGGGAGGGUAAAAUUUUUAUAUAUAUAUUUUGUUUUGCCAAUAUGAAAUGAAACGAGGCCUUAUUUCUUACUGUGCUGGGAUUGCGAACAUUUUUGCUUGUUUGUUUGCUUGAAAAUACUACUGAGUCUGUAUAAAAAGGAAAGAAAAUUCAUAAUAGUUUUUUUAUUGAAACUUGUAGUAUUAUUUUUAAAGAGAGCUAUACUAUAAAUAUGGUGAUAUCUUUCCAAAUAAUCUGUAAGAUAAACUAUUUGAGAGGGACAAAUUAGCUUUAUAGUAACUAUAUAGUCACUGCUUUCCCCAUAAUACAUAAGGGAUAUAAACUGUGUGUGUACAUAUAUACAUAUAUACAUAUAUAUAUAUAUUUUUACUUUAAGCUUCCUAUCCAAAAUGACACUGUUGUGCCCAUUUGUCUGCAGUGCUGUUUAUAUUUUGGGUGAUGAAAUCGGAGUUUCCUAGUUAUAAACUAGAUUACUCACCCAAGCAUAAGUAAUAACUAAUGAAAUAAUAAGAAUUUCAACUUUUAGAGUAUUUUCUAUUGCUUGCACUAUAGGAUAAAAGGAAUUUGAUUAAAUAUAUUGGGUUGUUAAACAUAUUUGGGAAAAUAUGAGCUUUAUUUUAAACUCAUUAGAUCUAAGGAGUCUAAAAAUGUCCAUUUAACCCUUUACUUGUGCCUAGAAACUACAGCACAUAUGGAAUAGGCAAACACCAGCCUUGUUGCUGUACUUUUCUGCUUAUCUUACGGUCUCAAACAGUGCUCGUCUCACUAUCUGGUGUUGUAGUUCUUUGCUCCUUCCUGUUGCUUUUCCUGGUUCUUCAUAAUGGCAGUAUCAGGAAACAAACCCCAAGCUCCUCACAACCUCAGGGUGAGGUUUCCUGCUGGUCGCUUGUCACCAUGUGAAUACUCAGGUUUACAGUGUGUAGUUUAUUUAGUACCCCAGACUAACUCUUAGAGAGAUGUUGGACAGUUAUUUAGGUAAGAAAUUUAGAGAAAGCAUUAGAUAUCAUUACAGCUUAUUUAAAACAAAUACAGUUGACUGUAUUAAAAAGACAUCUUCACAGGUGUAUUUAAUGAAUUUCCAGUUUCUUCAGAGUCACCUAUGAACAGUUGAACAUAUUAAAAUGUAUUGGUAUGUGCUAUGUCUAAAAACAUGAGUUUAUUACAAAUUCAGAAAUUUAAAAUUUCAUUAUCUGCAAAACAGUUAAGCUUUAAGAUGUGCUGUAGCAAGAGUGUCAAGUGUUUGAGUACCAGUUACCAUGCUUCCAGCUUUUAAGCUACCAAACCAAUAUUUCUUUAUAUUUUACUUUCAAAAUACAGAAAUUUUGUGUAAAUGCAAUUUUGUCAUGUUUCAAAUAAAAGACAAUUAAAGUAGAAAAUAAUGGAAAUGCCCAUACCUAAUUACUCACUGUAUAAUUUACAACUUUUGGGCUUUGGGCGAAAGCUAACUUACACAUUGAAUAUGUACAUUUUAACUAUUUAUAGCUUGGGGACUUCUCUAAUGAGAUCACUACUGAAUAAAGUUGUUCUCUCCUGUUUUUAAAUGAUCAAUCGAAUGAUUUCUAUCUUGUUAAAAGAAAAUAGAUCUUCUUUUAAUGACAGUCGUUAGGAAGAAAUAAAGACUUCAUCCUCCGUCUCUCUUACUGGAAAAUCUGCUCAGUUAGCCCUCCCCACCUAGUAGUGUGGUAAGGAAAGGUUCCAGUAGAUUGUUGGCUUUUCUUAAAAGUUUUGUUUUUUGUUUUUGUCAUUUUUUACUAGUACUCCAUGAAACCAAGAUGGUAGUGAGUAUUGAAAAAUAAGCUUUUGCUUGCCUGCUCUUCAGUCAGAAUAGAUGAGUCAUUGAAGUUCUGUGUAUUUUUCUGCCCUUUAUAAAAAUGUAAAGCAAACCAAGUAUGCUCAAAUUUAAAGAGGAAAAUUCCAUUAAUAUAACAAUUUACCAGUAUUUGCUGUUGAUAUGAGAAUUUCUGUUAUAUUCCUAAAGUUCAUAUCACAAAAUGAUAACUGUAGCCUUUACUAGGGGUAAAUCAUUAGUUUUGUUCCUACAUGAGAGUAUAAAUAACAGACCAAAGGUGACCAGCAUGGAAUCUGUCAUUGCCAAACUAUUAGUGAAUGUAUAGUUCGGGUUUGCUAUUCUUUGAAACACAUAAUAUUCCUAAUUUCGUAAUUGUACUUCAGUUUUUUGUUGUUUUUCUGUUUUGGGUAUGUUUGUGACCACUAAGCUUCUGUUUUCUUAUAAAGCUGUUACUGUUAUAGAAUUUUACAGAACUUUGCUGAAGAUGCACAGAGAGGAGGGGCCUUGUGUAACAGAUUUCUCCUUUUAUGCUUCUUACUGUGAUCACAGAAAGGAAGAAAUCCACGUGCUUUGUAGAUAUUUUUGAGAAACAUUUUAUGCUUGCAUUUAAACCUGAAAUGUAUGAGCAGAAUAAGACAAUCAGUGAAAAUCAGAAAUGAGAAGUGUUAUAAUUUAAUGCCCUUUUUUUACUGUGGCAAUAAAAUGACCAAGUGCAAUGACUCAAUAAAAUCAUCUUAUAAAAGUU